CACAACAAGGUUGGGAUCACUGUGGCUGUUCAAACCAUGAAUGCUCCCUGCAUUUUUCUAUUUGGUCAGGAAAUUUAGAAGGAUGAAGCAGAUGAACUGACCUUAUUUUUCUCAUGGUGCUGGCGUCAGAGUUGGAUUCAUCUGGCCUAAGGAGGGCUGGUGGCUGCAGCGCCCAGCCACUGCUCAUGGCUUUGCAGGGGAUGGUAAAGGUGCCUUAUAUGGGCACUGAUGCUGCAGGAGCUGCCUCUGAAACCCAUCAGCUUGAAUCUAGCUGGUGUUGCAGUAGGGGUCUCCUCAGCAUCCUCCCUCCGUCUACUUUGGAUCAUUCUUACAAAAAGGGAUGGGCAAGUACCAACACCUGUGGUGGGCAGCACCUGUGGAGGACCUGUAGAUGCUAUGGGAAAAGCACAGAUCAGCACUUGGGCACUCUGCCUGCAGCACCUAUUUCUGGGGGUGGAGGCAGGUGGAGAGGGACGUGCCCGUGCCCAGCAAGGAGGAAACCUGACUCCUGGGAGCUGGAUCCCAAACCCACAGCACCACCAACACUGUAAAAAGUAAAUACCAGAAGAGAUACAGUCCUAAAGGAGGAAAGGUCUGCUCCUCCGUGCCUGAGACACCGCAGAGGUAAGAAAACCUCACCGAGUAAAUAAAUAAAUAUUUAAUCAAAUCUUGCUUAAUAGUGGGGGGUAUCUGAUCAUUCACCUCUGAGGGAAAUUCUCACAAGAGGGAGGUCUCUGACUUUACUGACAAAGUUCCCAGCUGGUGUCACAUGCAGAAGUGCAUGUUGUGUGGCCUUCGUGCCUCACAGCCCUCUGGUGUGGGCUCAUGUCAUCAUUCCGACGGGUCCCAGCAGCAGUUUCACUGCGCUCGUGGUUGCUCCCUUCAGAUGGAGGAUUGUUAUUUUCCCUGCCAGCAGCAGCUUUGUCACUGCUGUUCUCCUGGCUCAUGUAACUGGCAUUUAGGAAUUGGGAAUUACAAAUAGUGGGAAAUUUGUGACUCCCUGAAGAUGCAUGAUAGACACUAGCUGUUCCAUUAAGGCAAACAGGGCUGCAAAGGUUUGGCAUGAAAUCCUAGGUUUGGUAGGAACUGUUAGGAGGUUUACUGUGCCUGCAAAGAUUUCUAGUGUUAUUUGAGAUGCUAGAGAAUGUAUCCCAUCUGCCUGCUAUUUGAGUAGUGUGGUUCUCCCAUUAGGUGCUAUCCAACAUCCCGAUACCUCUGAGGGUGUCUGUCUCCUGUCAGGUAUUGGAGGUGGCACUGCAGCCUUCUGCUUGAGCAUCUGACCCUCACUGGUGGUUCUGUACAGCAGCACCAAGGACUGGGGUUCCCUCCCCUUGUCUGGAAGAGUUGUGGCACUUCCCAGAAGGAAGGCAUAUGGCCCAGAGUAGCACAAGAAACUGCCUUGCUGUCUUGUUGUGACUGUCCAGAGGUUUCACAGUUAAAUCCUAGCCUUGUCUCACGUUGAUGGUGGAUCCCAGCAGGAGCUGAGAUGGCCACUGCACCAAAAGAGGCAGAAAAUGCUAUUGGUUUGGAGGAAAUCCACACAGAGAGAAAAGAAUCGCCAAAAGGGCAGAAGACAUUUACAGUGGAAGAAGCUGUGGAAACCAUUGGGUUUGGGAGGUUCCACAUCAUGCUCUUCCUCAUCAUGGGCAGCACUGUGGUACACUUAUUUCCAAAGGUGGCUGAAGCCAUGGAGAUCAUGCUAAUAGCUGUUGUGUCCCCUCUCAUCCGAUGUGAGUGGCAGCUUCAAGACUGGCAGGUGGCUUUAGUCACAACGAUGGUGUUUUUUGGCUACAUGGUCUUCAGCAUAGUGCUCGGGCUCCUGGCUGACAGGUACGGCCGCUGGAAGAUUCUGCUGCUCUCAUUCCUCUGGGCAGCCUACUUCUCACUGCUGACCUCAUUUGCCCCGUCCUACAUCUGGUUUGUGUUCCUGCGGGCCAUGGUAGGAGGUGGCGUGUCGGGUCACGCGCAAGGGCUUAUCAUAAAAACGGAAUUUUUGCCCACCAAAUACCGAGGAUACAUGUUGCCCUUAUCUCAGGUGUUUUGGUUGGCAGGAUCUUUGUUGAUCAUUGGCCUGGCAUCAGUGGUGAACCCAACCAUCGGCUGGCGGUGGUUGAUCAGAAUUGCUUCCAUUCCCGGCAUCCUUCUCAUCCUGCUGUUCAAGUUCAUCCCGGAAUCGGCACGGUACAACGUGUCCAUGGGAAACAUGGAGGCUGCCCUGGCCACGCUGCAGAGGAUAGCCAGGAUGAAUGGAGCGGCGAUGCCAGAGGGGGUGCUGAGGGAGCCCGCCAAGGAAAGGGGAGGAAGAUUCAAGGACCUCAUCCACCCCAAAUACCUCAGAACCACUUUGCAGAUAUGGAUCAUAUGGCUUGGCAUAGCUUUCGCUUAUUAUGGUGUCAUCUUGGCCAGUGCUGAGUUACUGGAGCGGGACGUCAUCUGUGGCUCUGCAGCUCCACCAGUGCAGGACUCUGGCGAUGACUCUGAGGAGAACCACAGCCCCUGCUACUGCCACUUGUUUGGGCCCGCUGCCUACCAGACCAUGAUCAUCAGCACAGCCGGAGAGAUCGCACGUAACCUCUGCUCCCCUCCCUGCCCUCCCUACUGCAGACAGCCAGAGUUCACUGCAAAGGUUUUAGCUGUGCAUGCAUUGCUGGCAACUUCUGGGGCACAGGCCAUGAGCCCAUGGCAAAGGGGAAACAGAGGGCAUUGCUCCCCAGUAAAUCCUCUGAACAUUCUUGGCAUCAAUCUCCUCGGAAGACGUCUGAGCUUGUGUAUCACCAUGGCAUGUACAGCCCUAUUCUUUCUUCUCCUUAAUAUCUGCACCUCCAGUGCCGGCAUGGUUGGGUUUCUCUUCAUGCUGCGUGCCUUGGUUUCAGCAAACUUCAACACCAUCUACAUUUACACAGCAGAGGUUUAUCCCACCACAAUGCGAGCCCUGGGGAUGGGAACAAGUGGGUCACUGUGCCGUGUUGGAGCUAUGGUGGCCCCAUUUAUAUCACAAGUCCUUAUGAACGCUUCUUUCAUUGGGGCCCUGUGUCUUUUCUCAUCUGUGUGUGUUGUCUGUGCGAUCUCUGCGGUCACACUGCCCAUCGAGACCAAGGGCAGGGCCCUGCAGCAAGUAAAAUGAAAACGAGUGUUUGAUGUUGGACUGGGUAGGAAAGAAAAAUAAACCUUUGGAAUCUGUCAUUUCCUGUGAGCUGCAUUUGAUGUUGAUUGCUUCUCCAUACCAUUUCCAUUAUAAAAAAAUUGCAACUGAACAGUGUGAAAGUUAUGAUUUGUAUAGAAAAAUGGCAAAUUUCUCAAAGAUGUUCCUUUUCUUAUGAUUCAAUAAAUAGAUGCU